AGUGCCUCGUCACGCGAAAUGUGUUUACUGUGUGUGACGUUCGUGAACGACAAACACACGCACGCGAACUUGCACCCUACCACCCAUCACAACAACCACCAUUUGAGACACAUACACCGCAUGUGACAACAGGCUCGACCUUCUCAGCAUGGACGAAGGCGGAAGGGUGGAGGUGGUGGCGGGUGUGUGCCUCAUCACGAGUCUCACGGCUGCGGCUGGGCUGCAGCUGCGGCGGCGGCGGUCGGUGGCGGCCCACCUGUGUGGGGUGUUGGCGGUGAUGGCGCCGUUUGUGCUGGUGCCAUCCACCAACCCCAUGCGCACCGUGCUCGUGGCGUGGGGGCUCGCCUACCUGUACAGCAUACACGGGCUCGACCGCGUCCUACGCAUGCAUCGCCCAGAAUACGAGGCCUGGCAACAGAGCACCAAGCACACCACCACCACCGCAUGCAACGGCGUGCAGGCGGCAUCACAGCGACAGCUCUCAAGGAAGGCGGCGCGCUACCAGCCGUUGUUGGAGUCGGACUUGCUCAUCGCCCAACACCUCGUUGGGUUUGUGGACCUGACGGUGCGCAAGCGACUGAAGAGCUUAUCACGGGAAGAGCGGAGAGCAUAUGUGCAGCAGCGGCUGUGGGCCAGCGUCCACAUCCUACCAUGGGCGAUAAUCACGUGGUAUCUCCUGCCUAGCAUGGCCUCGAAUUACACACACGCAGCGUGCUGCAGUCCCUUGGGCCAAACCGUGAUGGCGCUGCCCUUUGCCCACGAUUCCAUCUGCCAGACGCACGCUCCCUGUCACCACCUCGACAGAAACACAUCUUCCAAUACCGUGCCACCGUUGUCAGCAACAGCGAGCGCCAUUGUGGAGGCAGCAGACGGCCUCCUCGCCGCCUCGCCUGCGCUCCAAGCCGCGCUGCCAUCCUGCAUGGCCACGGGGCUCUCGCUGCUCAUGGUGGUUGAGGUCGUUGCCGCCAUUGAGUGGUUUGUCACCACCUUCAAAGUGUUUGAGAUUGGUAACACCAUUGCCCAUGCGGCUUUCGGCUACACUGCACACGCACUCCUCGGGGACUUGUUUGCGGCGUCGACAGUGGCCGACUUUUGGGGGCGGCGCUGGAACCGCGCUGUGCAGCCCAUCCUCAAGAACGCUUUCUUCCUCGCAGUCUACACAGAGGGCAAGCCUGUUACGCUCGUACCGGCUGUGCUGCUGACAUUCUUCAUGUCGGGUGUGGUGCAUGCGGCACCAAUGGCCCUCUCAGCGCCGUUGAAGCACUCUGCGAUCAUGCACCUGUUUUUCCUGGUGCACGGCGUGUUUGUGUUAGUGGAGGCACCCCUUGCCCACAUUGCAGCGACACGCGCACGCAGAAGACAGCAAGCAGGUACCAGCGCCACCACUACCACCACCACCACCAACAACAACAACAACAACAGCAGCACCAGGAGUUGUAUUGGGACGCGCACUUGGCUAUCAACGCUCAUCUUCGUGCAGGGCGUGCUGUUUGUUGUUGUGACGACGGCUGUUCUGUUCCACUUUACGCUGCUUGGCAUCGCACACGCCAUCUACGAUCCAUAAACAGCUAACCAGACUGAUGUGUGGCACAUGAUGCACAUGAUGC